UUUCUAGCAGGAGCUCCUCGGGUGGGAGAGCUGUCCCUCAGAAGGAGAGGCCCUCCCUCCAACGUCUGUGUGUUGAGCCAGCCUGGCGCAGAUGCUGGGUGUGCAGUGGAGGAGGAAUAGGAGAGUAAGGACAAGCUGGAGUGGGCUGCUGGGAGGUCGGGCGUGUUGCCUUGUUCCUAGCGCUGUCAUUCCUUGCUCGUAUUUCCCUGGGCUGUUAGGGUCAGCCUGAGAGACUGAGGAGAGCUCUCGAGCAAGCUGUUGGUGCUUAGCAGUUGCUUGCUUUUUUAUCUUGGCACUCUUUUUCUGCUUUGGUUGCCCUACCUCGCUUGUGAGAAAAGUUCCUUUCUGGAGCUGCUGUUUGCUAAAUUUCAGAGGUGCUGGCCAAGGCGCUGAGUUUUUCCUGUGCUGAACUGUCAAGGCCCAUGCUUGCUGGGGGCCAUGGUUAUGAAGGCAGCGGUGCUGUGCCUGAGGGCCCCUUUUUCAGCCUGUACCACCACCACCGAGCGUGGCUGAGACCCAUGGAGAGAACCCCUGAGACCACAGACUCCCGUUUUUCACUCAGGGCUUUUUGGGUGGCCACCUGUGUCCUCGUGGAGCCCUGGCAGAGUACUGGUCCAGCUGCCUUCGCAAGCUGUUAGGAGCUGAAUGGCCCAAAGGUUUGGGCUUGCAUCUCCUCUGUGAGGCAAAGUGCACGCUGGGCAUGUGGUUUGGGGGCUUGCUGAAGCAGGGUUCCUGCAUCCAUUCAAGGGUUGGUCUGUGGCAGCAUUGCUGAGACAUGGCAAGGGGAGGUUGAGACAAGAGGCCAUUAAGGAGGCCAGGGAGGUGGCCAUGGGCUUCCCAAGGCUGGGCCGUUGUUGGGGGCCAGCCCGGUGCCUGCAGGGCUAUUUGUGCCCCCAGGAUGGCCGUGCUGUUUCUUUGGUAAGCGGGACAAAGGCAGCCUGGCUCUGCAGGGUCAGAGUGGUGCCAGAGCCCCUGGUGAGCCUUGGCAGGAGGAGGGAGGGCAGGCUGGAAGCCCUUCCCGUGGCUUCCUAGUGUUGUAAAGCGAGACGGUCAGCCUGUAGGAUGGGAGUGAGAAACCAGGCUGUUUCUUGGUGGGCCCCAACCUAAUGUGGGAAGGUGAUGGAGAGGCUCUGUCUGUCUGCUUUGCUGAUUUCUGAGGUGCACUGCGAAAGCAGAGGGAGGUCUCCGAGGUCUGUGUCUGCUGCUGAAGCCUUUGCUGAACUGCCUGCAGGCACGUGUGACCCAGCAGUUACAGGCAUGGAAAUGGUUGCAAGUCCUUCUGAGGGCUGUGGAUGAGCUUGGGCCUCACUGACAGUUUUCCCCUCUGUCCUCUUCCUGCUCCAACAAGGUCAUUUGCCAUGCUGUUGCUUGCAGCGAGACUGUGCCAAUUGCUCAACUGGUGGCCCGGCAGAGGAGUUCCAAGAGGAAAAUGGGACGUCAAGUGAACUGCCAGAUGAGGCUGAAGAACACGUCUCCGGUCACGUUAGCAGGAAAGCCGAAAGGAACUUUGCGUCAGCCCAGGCCUUUGAGCAUGCCAGAAGAAGGCAGCAAGAGGCCUGUUCCUCGCCUGCCACGAGGCAGAGGAGUGGCGUGUGGAGUGGUGAAACCCAGUAUGGAGAGUGCCCGGCCUGCCUUGCCUCCAGCCACUGGGAGUGGACCACCUAAAGAAAUUCCCAUGCAGAGGCACGUCACGGUGGUAAACAGCUCCUAACGACAUGAGCAUGGACU